UGUGUUUUUAUGAUCUUACAAAUUAACCGAAUGUUUCAAAAAGGCUAUAUUAAUCCAUCAAGUUAAUAAUUAUAUCAAUGCACACUCUUCCACCGCUUAGUGUGGGGGCCUUAACUGUUGGAAUUUGAAACCAAUGGAAUUUUUUGUCUAAUUGGUGCCCAACCUUAGACACGCAUGCGAGACAAAGGGGCCGUUCCAGAUUCCCUUCUGUUUUGAAAAAUUCUUUUUGUGGUCAUGAACAGUGCAAGAAACGAAAGUCUGUUCCACUUUCCCUUAGAAACUUCUUCUUUGUUAAACUUAUUAUUGACGUAAUGACCAUAUUGCCCCUUGAACUUAUUCAAUUUUCCCAAACACCUGGUCUUUCUCCCCUCCCCUUCUUCCACGCACAACCAGAGCAGACUCUCUCUCUCUCUCUCUAGAAAAUUCUGAUGGCGCCCAAGGCAGAGAAGAAGCCAGCGGAGAAGAAGCCAACGGAGGAGAAGAAGACCUCGGCGGCCGAGAAGGCCCCGGCGGAGAAGAAGCCCAAGGCCGGGAAGAAGCUCCCCAAGGACGCCUCCGCCGCGGCAGCCGGAGACAAGAAGAAGAAGAAGUUGAACAAGAGGGUGGAGACGUACAAGAUCUACAUCUUCAAGGUGCUGAAGCAGGUGCACCCCGACAUCGGGAUCUCGAGCAAGGCCAUGGGGAUCAUGAACAGCUUCAUUAACGAUAUCUUCGAGAAGCUCGCCCAGGAGGCGUCGAGGCUGGCGAGGUACAACAAGAAGCCGACGAUUAUGUCCAGGGAGAUCCAGGGAGACGAGGGAGGGCUGCAGUAGUGGCUGAUUUGCUACUGUGGUGGCCCUACACUGAAGCCAUAGGAGAGAAAAAGGGGACAAGGACAGUAUUGUCAUUUCACUCGGAAACUGUGGGGGCCUUCGACCAAAACGUCGUCGUUUUGGCCGAAUAUUUUUAAAAAAAAGGGAACACUCCAGAUCUGGAACCAGCCUUCUUUUUGACCAAAAAAAAGGCACUUUUUCUAAAACUGGAACACCUCCAAAGACCAUUUAGGUUGCUCAAGAGUAGUAACUACCUGAAUUGAUCCAGUAAUUGCAUCUCUGCAUUUUUCGUAUCAACCAUAGCAUUGAAAACACCCGCCAUGUUUUCUAUUUUUAAACCCAACGUAUUGCAGAGAUUUUUAAGUAGGGAGAAAAUAAAAAACUUCACAUCCUGUGCUCCAAUAAUGAGGGUGUAUUUUAUCUAUUGGUGACCUUGUGAUUUAGGGGGGAGUUCAUUGGCAACCACCUGAGCCAAGCAAGUAGCAUGGGAGAUUUCAACCAGUUGUUGUGGAACUCAGGAAGGUCUUCUAAACUAGGAGAGGCUUUAGAAGGUUAUCUUUCGCAGGCAACAUUUAGUUUAAGUGCAGGAUCCUUGUUCUGUCACACAGAAACCAAAAUUGGCAUAUUUUCUAUUUUCCCUGUUAUUCGAAUCUGACUGUGAAGCGAGGACAUUGGCCAACAACCAAUGUAUUGUGGAUACAUGUGAUAAGGUUCUAUACAAGAUGAGUGUUUUCUUCCAGUUAAAUUUACUUUCUUCUUCUUCCUUAUACAUUUUAAAUUCACAGCUGCGCCAGGAGAAUAAGCUAUCAAAUCCUCUGCCAUGGUUACAGCUGGUUCAAACCAGGUAUGAGGUGCUACUUCCUCUCAGUCCUUUAUGUUUGAAGAUCUUCAGAAUUUUGUGUUGGUCUAUAUUUAUUUUUUGGUUGGUUCUUGGAUAAGUACCCCACGCUUGACUUUGCAGAUGAUUAAAUAUGCACUUCUAUUUCUUUGAUAGAAUGCAUUGACCAUUUGGUAGGACAUUGUGGCGACAUCAUGAGUUCCUGCAUUAUAAUAGGCACUUUUUCCAAUAGCUCAAGCUUAUUAUGAGUCUGUUAUUAAACUUCAAUAUCAUUAGAUUAAAAGGAAACAUUCUACGGGCUAGUCAAACAGGAAAGCUGAGUUCCCUUUUCAUAAGAGGUAAUGAAAUUGUGGCAAGUCACAUAUGUUUGGCGAUAGACAUUCGAACUUAGCUACAAGUGGUAGACAAGCAAGUGACAUUGUGAUCUAGCUAAAACAUUUCUUUUCUAUAGGUAAGUGAAGACUUUGGGAUGUAUUUGUUUCCUCUAAUGAGUGAAUUCUUCCUUGCUAUGGGAUUGUAAGAUAUCACCAUGUUUGUUCAUUCCCAUCAAACAAGUCCUUGAAGACGAGAGGCCAUCAAACAAGUCCUUGAAGACUCCCUUUUCUUUUGGGAAGAUUGGAUAUAAGAACUUGCUUGGUAGUAGUAACUAAGAAUGAACCAUUAUUAUGUUGGGAAUGCAAUGUUGGUGCAUUUUCUUGGACUAUGUUUUCAUGGAUCACAAUUCCACGAGGAAAACAAUCAUGCUAGGUAUAUGAACAAGUUGCAUGCACACUUGCACACGUACUCACAUCAAUUUGAACUUUGACGUGAGUGUAUGUGCAAGUGUGUGAAACUUGUGUAUAAGUCGCAUAGUCCCUCAAAAUAGGAAUGAACCAUUAUAAUGUUGGGAAUGAUGAUGUUUUCCCGGACCACAUUCCCACGAAUACAAUCACAUGCUCGGACACUCACUCACAUGUAAGUGUGGGACAUUGAUGUGAGUGUUUGUGUAAGCUUGUGUGUUUAAGUAGCAUAGCCCCUCAAAAAAGGUAUUUGGAUGGUGUCUUCAGUGUCAUUGUUUGGAGCAGAUUAGGCAUUGCCUGUCAAACUGGAUCAACAAGCAUGUGCACGACUCAAUUGUUUUGUGAAUCUUUCUUCCUUGUCCGAUCAACAUAUCUUUGCAGGAUAUCAUUUUCAGCAGAUCAUUAACUCAAGACACAUUCAUGGCAAGAUUUGCAGCUUUGUCUAGAAUCCAUAAUGAAGGGAUUACCUUCCUGUUUACAGUUGAUGAAUCUCCAGUCUCCACACUGGAAGUAGAUUUUUUGGAACAUUAUCCAGUGCAAAUCGGGUUUUGUAUCUUGCUUUGUAUGUACUUGUCAGUGUUGAUACUGUUGGAUUUGUAGUUUGUUUUCUGUUGAAGGGGCUGUAAAUAUUUGUUUUCGACUUUGUGCUGUAAUUGUUUACUCUUGAAAUUAGGCGAUCUUCUUCAAGUGUAAAUCGGGUUUGGUAAAAUUAUUUGGAAACUGGAUAUUUCUUCAAUUUGUACAUUACAACACUAAUCAAUCUUUCCAUCUUUGUCAA